GUCUUGUUUCUAUUCCUGCUUCUUUUGAGAAAAAUCUGUGUUCUAGAUUUUAUCUUUUGGAACUUGGUUUAUGUUUUUCAAGGUUUGGAAAGAAUAAAACUCGAAUUCAGUAUAUAAUUGAACACUUUUAAAUGGCAAAAGUGUUGUGGACUGAAAAUGAAGAACAGUUUGAUCACAAGAAUCAUCCAGGAUGUAUCCCUAACAUAUUUCAUGUUCUUGAAUGGCACUCUAAUGUCAAAAAGAUACUUCCACAUAGAAAGCAUGAAGCCUUGAUUAAGAAUCCGAAACGCAACAGAAGGUAUAAGAGGAUAUCAGAUGAUCAAGAUCCUUUAGAAGGUCAUAUAUUGGUGGAUCAGUGUAAUAGAAAAACGGGUUCUCCCCAGAAAAGAUCUUUAAAAGCUCGUAUAAAGGCGUUAGUUUCCGAGGAUAUGGAUAAAGAUGUAGAUCAAGAUUUUGUACCAAGUCCAAAGUUGCAAAGGACUUAUUCCAUACAUCAUUUGGAAACCAAUGAAUGGGUUCAUCCAAUCAUUUUCUUUCCUGACAGUGUUACAGAAAGUCCAGUGAGUUCUAAAGAAUAUAGUGAUGUUACACAUCCUGAAAUGACCGAUCCUCGGGAUAUUUUGGAUAUGUUUGAAGUUGACAAAGAGCUAUUUCUCGAUAUCUUAGAAGUUCACUCCCGAGCUUUUGAUACAAAACCAAAACUGACCAAAUCAGGUUCCUUUCCCACUGCUUAUAAGCCGGGCAGUAGAGACUUGAUACCUAUGAAGCUCAAAGAUAAAGUUAAUGAGUUCUUUCCUACAUCAAAAGCCGAAAAGAGAUUGGAUAGUGAGUUGAAUAUAUUAGGUGGAAGUAUGCACCUCGGAAGAAUUUCUUCCCUUAACGAAUCUGCAGAUAGAAAUUCAGAAUUAUUUGAUUUUAGUGUUGGUAAAGAGGCCGCUCUGCGCACUUCAAGAAGCUUGAAGUUAACAGAUGGAAGUGAGAACCUUUUAAGUUCCCAACAACCGAGUUUUUCUAGAAGGAAUCAUUCCUUGCGCCUUGUUGAAAAUCCCAGUCAAGAAUCACGUGCCGCUUAUUUCCAUAGAAGUUUUAGCCAAAACGAAAGAAAUCCCAUUUCUGUGCAUUCAAAUAAUCUUACAGAGUUGAGUUCUACACAAGAUUUUGAGUGUUCGAAUGAAGUGAUAGAUAAAAAUGAGAAUUUUUCAGAAGACGAAUAUUGCCCUGAGGCCAAGAUACAUUCAUGUGGUGUAGAUACGUAUGAAAUGCCAAUAAAGAAAGACAGUCAUCAGAUUCCACAGGAGAUCGCUAAUUUAAGCAGUGUUCUAACUCCUGAGUACUGUCCACCAGAUGAAGACAUUCAACUCUCAGAAGGUUUACAAGAAAAUCUUAUGGAAAGCAAGAAUUUCAAGAGUAAAAAAGACAAGGUACGGUCAAUGAGACUCUACCGAGAAGAUGAUGAUUUCACAUAUGUGAAACAGAUUCUACAGCUCUCCGGUUUUAUUAAAAACGGUUUUCAACAAACAUGGCAUUCUUCCAGCCAGCCAUUAGACCCUUUUGUGUUUCAAGAAAUAGAGUCUCAAUAUUACCAUGAUCCAGAACGUUUUGCAGAGGAGAUUAAUGAAUUAUCUCGUCGUUUACUCAUAUUUGAUUUGGUUGAUGAGGUUUUGAUUACUAUGUAUAAAAGAUCAUCACCAUACUACCCAAAAGCAUUAUCUUCUUCUUGCCAUAUUAGUACUGCUCCAACUGGAUCACGUUUUCUUGAUGCAGUUUGGAAGCGUAUCAGGCAACUGCUCAGCUUGAAGCCUGAUAUGAAUGACUCAUUGAACGACAUUGUGUUUAGAGAUUUGGGAAGGGAUGAUGGUUGGAUGAACUUGCAGUUGGAUUCUGAGUGUGUUGGUGUUAACUUGGAAGAUUUAAUUCUUGACGAAGUUAUAGAAGAUAUGUUAUUUGAAUUCAUUUGAUUCGUUCGUUGAUUGGAAAUGACAGGGUAAUUUAGAGAACAACUCGACGGAAGGGUUAAACUUGUAAUUUCAGAUAGGUUCAUCGAUUUAAUUAGAGUCUAUAUAGAAUAGCAAACGCUGCACGGAUGGCAGUUGUAAAAUUUUUAAAUUGCCGUUUGUUAGUUUUGUGGAUUGUUAGGUUGUACUUGUAUGUAUAAUUUACGAUGCCUGAUGAAUUAGAGUGAUUUUUUUUUGCAA